AGGAUGGAACUGAAAUACGGAUAUAUGUUGACCAAGGAGUUGGAAUAAGACUGAGUCCUGCUCUGUGAUAUUUAUAUACCUGGACCAUGGACUUGCUGUUUGACUUCAUGCUUUAGGAACCUUCGUAGUAACUGUGUGAAGCUGGUGGGAAUCAUGGCAUUCUCUCCAUGGAAGCUGUCCUCUCAGAAACUUGGCUUUUUUCUGGUGACUUUUGGUUUCAUUUGGGGAAUGAUGCUCCUGCAUUUUACUAUUCAGCAGCAAACACAACACGAAAGCAGUUCAGUCCUGCGUGAGCAAAUUUUGGAUCUCAGCAAAAGAUACAUCAAAGCAUUAGCUGAAGAAAAUAAGAAUGUGGUUGAUGGGCCUUAUGUUGGGACAGUGACAGCAUACGAUUUGAAGAAGACACUUGCGGUCUUGUUGGAUAAUAUAUUGCAGCGCAUUGGGAAGCUAGAGUCCAAGGUGGAAAAUCUUGUACUUAAUGGAACAGGAGCAAACUCUACCAACAAUACUACCACUCCUGCUCCCAGCGUAGGAGCAGUUGAAAAGCUUAAUGUAGCAG